AUGGCCUCUAUCCUGCCAACCGUCCCGCGAUUUGUUCUCACCAUCUUUGAACCACUCUCCUUACUUGCGGGAGCUGUUGCUCCAUUUCUUUCCACGGACUGGUUCGUUGCCAAACAGCUGCCUCUGUCGGCGCUUGAACCACUGAGCGCGAAUUCCCGCAUGGUUGCUCUUCAAUUGGGAAACAUCUACCUGCUUCUGGCUAUGGUGGGCAUCGCCGUCCUCUACACCACUACUGAGCCGCGGGUUGUGCGGAAUUAUGUGAUAGCCCUGCUGAUUGCUGAUGUUGGGCACGUUGCUGUGACGUGCUGGGUUAUGGACUACGAGAGCCUCACCGACAUUGCAAACUGGAAUGCAAUGGCUUGGGGAAACAUUGGUGUAACUGCCUUUCUCUUCUCGGUCAGAACAUCAUACCUUUUAGGCCUUUUUGGAGAUGACCAUCUUCCCACAACGGCAAUCAAGAAAUCCAACUAA